AAUCUGACGGAAAAGUUUCCCGUUCUUGCUUUCCUGUUUGUUUUUUGUUGGUUGCAUACGAAAUCAGGCGCUGUGUUGCUGUAAUGAAUUAUUUAUUUCAGCGCAUCCAGUAAAGAGGGCCAUUUGGUUACCGCUGAGGCUACGGACUCCUGUCGUCCCAAUCUUUCCCCUUUACCGUCAAGCCACCACGGACUUAUACGGGAGAAUUUAGCAAAUGCAGGGACGUUUUUGUCGUGUGUAAGUCGGCGAAAGGGCUUGGGAGUUCGAGCACGUGUGGGUUUGUUUACGUUUUUGGAACCGGCUGCAGUCCAAAAGAUCGUCCGCUGGUUUGUUGGAAUCAACUGACAGGUCGACCUAACCACCACAGCACAGCUCAACACUACUACGGAAAGAGAGACCAAAAUACCCGCUGAAAUUCAUUCUUCCCGCUUGUAGUAUGCAGAGGGACGGUGGCGUAGAUAGCAGACAUGCCGGCAUCCAGACUGUUGCUGUUAAAAAGGGUGAAGAUCCGGAAGCAGAGAAGACCAAAUCCGACCUGCCCAAAGUGAACGGCAUCAAAGGCGGAGAGCAGUCGCCGCUACUCGAACUCUCGCCGCGCGGGAAGGACCAACAGAACGGCGACGGUUUCCCUGGCAACGCGGAGGACACGCCCUUAGAGACGGGGCCGCGCCGAGGGCCGGAGGAGAAGGAGGAGAAGAAAGUGGGCUGGGGACAGAGAGGGUCUAUAGAAAAGCAGUCGACAGGCAGCAAGUUUCCCCCCAAGAAACCUGCAACACCAACCAAACAGUCUCCCAGAGUCUACACGUCCAAGCGCAUGUCACCGAACAUCGGGCAGCCGUACAGCGGACAGGCUCCAUCAGCUGCUGCAGGAUGGGCGGGGCAGUAUCGCUUUCCUGUGGGAGCUCCUAGAUACUCCGGGCCUCACUACAGCGGGUAUCAGCCUCCGAUGUUGACCAGUCAGUAUCUCCCCCAGUGA